CUGCCGUAGCUGUGACGCACUGCCUGGCAGGAAACCGAUGCAGGUGGGACCAGGGGGCUGUACUUUCACAGAGAUCUGCCCCGUUUCUAAACCAGACGAGGGCUCCCGGCUGAACUCGAGACUCGACACGACGCCCAAACAACAAAGUUUGACCAAAGAGGAAUGAAUCGUAAACAGCGGGUAGUGGAGAGGGGACCGUUUCGGCUACUGGUUGGGAGACUGAGAAGAGAAACCUGCCACGGGAAAAUACUCAUGGCAGUCGAUAGCGGUGAAGCGAGUCGGCGCUCCAGUGCGAGCCUCAACGUUCGCAGCGACGGAGAGGAAUGCCCGACAGCAUCCACGGCGAAUGCCACAAAAACACGGGGUCGGAAAAAGACUGGGAAAUCUCCAACAGAAGGAAUGGUAUUACGAGGGAAGGAAAACACUGCAAACACUCAGGGAUCUCCUCCGCGCCGCAGGACGAAGACCUCGACAGAAAGGGUGGAGAUGCGCGUGUCCUCCACUCACGAAAACCCCUCGGUGGUAAUGGAUGAGGACAGUAACGAAAUCUAUCCAGUGGGACAAUUCUUUGGGAAUCUGGACCUUCUGCCGGAUUAUCCCGAGCAGCCCAGCACCACUGAGGCGGGGAACACACGAGAGCACAGACGGCGACACUACUACGCCAAAGAGAGCGAGGAGGACGAGCCCCAUUGAAACACACAUUUUAAUAUUUGGGAUAUUGAGGUGGAGUUGAUGGCACUGAUUUGCUUGACUGAACACACGUGUGCUUGGAAUUAAUGCAGCAUAUCUGGAGGAGCAAUGACGAGUUUAUUUACCACCAGCAAAGCGCGAAUGAAGCGCUCACCCUCGACCGACAACCUGACGGGCAGCUACAGCCAAGGACCAGCUGCCAAGCAGGGCGUGCCAAAACUUACUCAUGUUCGAUGGCUUUUUCGUGCCAUGAUCUCCAACUCAAACCCAGUUAUUUCUCAACCAGCUAGAGCCCACUUUGUCGCCAAGUUUUGCGCCAACCGCACUUACACCUCUUCUUAGCCUCGGAAAACAAGUAGGAAUUGUCGCAAUUCCACUUAUUGUGGACUAUAAAAACAUUUUUCUUUUAAAAAAUAUUCACAGCUAUAAUUUGCAUAGCCUACUCGGUCAGACCAAAUAAGUCUUAAAAGCGCCAGGUCGUGUAUCUGUUGUAAAAGAGUUGGAGGUAUUUUUCUACAAAGACUGAGACUGAGAUUUAUACUUGUUAUUUAGGAAACAAUGCAGUAAAAGCUUUCUUCCACACACAUGAUGGUUGACCUCACUGAAAAAAAAAAAGUUUGUGUAGUGCCAAGAAAGAAGAGCAGCUAAUCCAACGCAUGUUUUAAUAUUUUAUUAUUUUAUUUUUGAAAUAAUUUUUCUAAUCUUAAGUUGAUGUUACCGUACUUUUAACUAUGAUAUAGUAUAUCUGACUUAGUAAAUUGUGUUUUGUUGUAUAUUAAGACAUGCACUAAUAUUUCGAGUUGCUAUAGAUGUGUAUAUAUAUAUAUAUAUAU